AUUCAAUUGAGAACUGCAACUGUUGACUCGCGUAGAGAAGGUGUAGUUACUCCAGUGAAAAACCAGGGUCAAUGUCAUUCUGACUGGGCUUUCAGUGCAACUGGUAGCAUAGAAGGACAGUGGGCAAAAAAGCAUGGAAACCUGGUUUCUCUCAGUGAACAGAAUCUGAUUGAUUGUUACGAUUGGGGUUCUGGAUGUUAUGGUGGAUCCGCAUCGCAUGCCUUUGAUGAAGUGAUUGAACUUCAAGGCAUCAACUCUGCUGAAACUUACCUUUACACAGGAAAGGAUAGAGACUACUGCAGAUUUCAGCCAGAUAAAAUUGCUGCUAAAAUCACUGACGACAAAUGGGUUUGGGGAGGCGAGGCAGCAUUGGAACAAGCUGUGAGAGAGAUAGGACCGAUGUCUGUUGUGAUUAAUGCAAGUCUGAAAUCCUUUCAACAUUAUAAAGGAGGAGUUUACUAUGAUGAAAAUUGCAAUGGAUAUGUAACCGAUGAAGUGCUGGUGGUUGGUUUUGGAAUUGAGGAUGGAAUGAACUAUUGGCUGGUUAAAAACAGCUGGGGAACAGACUGGGGUGAAGACGGGUACAUCAAAAUUGCUAAGGAUAGAGGGAAUCACUGUGAAAUUGCCAGUUUUGUGCGGUACCCUGUCGUGUAACGAGCCAACUGAUAAGACAGAGCUUCAUCAAUCCCAGCUGAAUGAAAAACCGGACUAUUUCUGUGAAUGCUGACUCAUUCAAGGACAUUGCUUUAAUUGUCUGCUGCAAAUUUAAAAAGUGAAAUAAUAACGAUUUUUGCACAUUUCUAUCGCUUCAUAUAAAACCAAUGGCAUUGUCUGAUUGAUACAUAUAGCCACUGUAACUGAUAGAAUGAAUACAUUCUCCAGCUUGUAGAAGACAAUAAUCUGCAUGUACUGCUGAUGUCCAACAAUAUAAUAAAGGCUGCCAGCAAUCA